GUGUUGUGCGUGGCGGGAGCGCGCGCUGGAAGGUGUAAGUGUAAGGAGGAGGCGGCUACGAGCGGCGAUAACUGCGAAGUGAGCGGAAGGCUGCGGAGGAUUUAUCGGUGUCGUUACUAGUAUGGAGGCCGGGAGAGUCGGGUCUGCAAAAAUAUGCGUCAUUUUCACACUGCUUUGGAGUUAAUGAACUGGAAAUACGGGUAAAAUCGCCAAUUGUCUCUCAGAACAGAAUUAUUAGAUUCGCUACCAAAGAAAAUUUAUCGGUCAUUGUGCUUAGGUCCUCAUCUCCAUUUUCUGUGAUUUUGUGAAAUGCCACCAUUGAAGAACAUGACACUGGUAGAACGUGUUCUAGCCACUUUAGUCGGAUGUAUUGUAUUAGCAGUUCACAUUCAAGGUCAACACUUUGACAUCUUGCCACACAGAACUGGAAUGAAAUCUAACUCUGACCCUAGGAAGCAAGAAAAUGGGGUAACAUUGGCUCCCGAGGACACGUUACCCUUCUUAAACUGUUAUUGUUAUGGGUAUUGCCCAGAAGAUGCCACAAAUAAUACAUGCAUUACAAAUGGACAUUGCUUUGCUAUUAUUGAAGAAGAUGAGCAUGGGGAAAUUACACUUACAUCUGGCUGCAUGAAGCUGGAGGGCUCGGAUUUUCAGUGCAAGGAUUCUCCCAAAGCCCAGAUACGAAGGACAAUUGAGUGCUGUCGGACUGACUUUUGCAAUAAAGAUUUGCAACCCACACUACCACCGGAUGGGAGACCAGAAGGAAUAUUUGGCAGAAGUGUCCACGUCAUAGCGCUGAUUAUAUCCAUUGUGGUCUGCUUAUUAAUCAUGGUGGUCUUCAUCUUCAUUACCUGCAUGUACAAGCACAAGCUGGCAACCCAGAGAAUGCUGUACAAUAGAGACCUGGAACAAGAUGAUGCUUUUAUACCAACUGGAGAGUCACUAAAGGCUCUCAUUGACCUGUCCCAAAGUUCUGGCAGUGGAUCUGGGCUUCCCCUCUUGGUCCAGAGAACAAUUGCAAAGCAGAUCCAAAUGGUGAGGCAGAUAGGAAAGGGACGAUAUGGAGAGGUUUGGAUGGGAAAGUGGAGAGGAGAAAAAGUGGCUGUGAAAGUCUUCUUCACUGCUGAGGAAGCCAGCUGGUUCAGAGAGACCGAAAUCUACCAGACUGUGCUGAUGAGACAUGAGAAUAUAUUAGGUUUCAUAGCUGCUGAUAUUAAAGGGACUGGAUCGUGGACACAAAUGUAUUUAAUAACAGAAUAUCACGAGAAUGGGUCUCUCUACGACUUUCUCAAGUGUGCCACCUUGGAUACAAGAUCUCUUCUUAAAUUGGCUUUUUCUGCUGCCUGCGGCCUCUGCCACCUCCACACUGAAAUUUACGGUACUCAGGGAAAGCCAGCAAUCGCACACAGGGAUCUGAAGAGCAAAAACAUCCUGAUCAAGGAAAACUGGACAUGUUGCAUUGCUGACCUGGGACUUGCAGUGAAAUUUAACAGUGACACACAUGAAGUAGAUAUUCCCCUGAACACUCGUGUGGGCACAAAACGGUACAUGGCACCUGAGGUCCUGGAUGAAAGUCUGAAUAAGAACCAUUUCCAGGCUUAUAUUAUGGCUGACAUCUACAGCUUUAGCCUAAUCAUUUGGGAAAUGACCCGUCGCUGCAUCACUGGUGGUAUUGUUGAAGAAUAUCAGUUGCCAUAUUAUGAUAUGGUGCCAAGUGACCCAUCCUUUGAGGACAUGAGAGAAGUUGUGUGCAUUAAGUGCCUACGGCCCACUGUGUCAAAUAGGUGGAACAGCGAUGAGUGCUUGCGGGCAAUUUUGAAGCUAAUGGCUGAGUGUUGGGCCCAAAAUCCAGCUUCCCGUCUGACAGCUCUAAGAAUCAAAAAGACGCUUGCAAAAAUGGUGGAGUCACAAGAUGUCAAGAUUUGACGGUGGAAAUAAUCCGGCUUCAAAAAAGGGACUCUAGACAGAGGAAGCAAAGUGCAAGAAGAGGCAACUGAAGAUUCAGCGGCCUCCCGUAUUCAUUUUGCAGGCUGCUAUCUAAAGACAUAACUCAGUACUAUGUAGAAUAUUGUGCCGGGAGCAUCUCCUCACCGCUGGGAGCCGCUGUGUGUGUCAGAACAGAAUAUUUUUGUUUUUAUAUUUUAUCAAGACUUUUAUGACAGACUUCAAAGUUCCAGUUUUAUGAUUACUGAAUUGCAUGUUCAAGCUAUAUUGCUUUCUAUGAAAGCAAGUUAUUUUAAGAUUUGCUUACGCACCCUUGUGGAGAAGAAACAUGUCAGCGUUGCCUUUUUACUAUAUGUACCUAAAGCAAGGUUUUUUUUGUGCCACCAGUUAUUGUUUGCCAUAUUUUUUGUAUGGUGCCUCCCCCACGUAAUAGUACCUUUCUAACAGGUCUUCUCAGUGCCAUUUCUAUCUUUGCAACUAAAUUUGUAUUUUCUUAGUGCAUCUCCAGCUCUCAUGCGGCCUAAAACCCUGUGUAGCCCGAUUUCUGCAAUUACACAUUCUACAUGGUUGUCCAGGUGGACAUAGCCUUUAGAGAGGACCUGUCAGCACUCUGACAUGUCUGCUUCCCAUGACAUUAACUCUCUGGGGCAUCUGUUCUUAUGCAUUUAUGUUGUUCCUCUGUUAUUAAUACGAGAAGUUUAGGAGUGAAUUGCCAGCGGUGUGUUGCUAGUUGUGGGGCUCCCUGCACAGUCUGAGUCCUGUCCGUGAAGGCAGUGACCGAUUAUGCAAGGACACACUGUUUUCACAAUAUUCAUGGUAACUAGUGGUUGGCAAUUUAUUCCUACAUUUAUAGGAGUUAAAGGCUAUGUCCACCUGGACAACCAUAUAGAAUGUGUAAUAGCAGAAUCGGGCUACAGCACAACAAAUGCAAGUAGUUACUAAUACGUGCCUGCCAGGAAAUCUGACCGGUCCACUUCAAGGCCCAUUAAUCUGAACAGACCUGAUUUAUGUUCUGCCAAAUCAUAUAAUUCUGAAAUUGGGAUGGAUAAACACUAAAGGAGCGAAUCCAUUGCAAAGAUUUACCUCAGUAUUUUAUUAGCUAGAAAUAUUUUUUUUUAAAAUAAAUUCUGUAUUAGUGGAAUAUGUAUGUCCCCGUGAACAUCAGUUGCUCAGACUCUUGCACCUGCUAGGAGUAUUAGUUUGAAAUUAUUUUUUACAGGACCUAAUAGGGCCUUAGAGGACCCGCUGCCAAACUAAAGCUGUUAACUAGAUAAAAUAGCCAUGUUUUCCACAGUAUGGCAUGCUUGUUUGAUUUUCCUGAUGGAGCAAUGGAGAUUUCUCCUUGUAAAGAAUCUGAAGCGGUUGCCACACUUCUAUGUCUAAUUAGUUUGGAUUUGUAUGUCUUGCCCAAUAACUUUAAGGGGCAUAACUCAAAAACAGGGGUCGGGCAGAAAAAUCAAAGUAUGCCAUGUUCAGGGAAGCAUGGCUAUGUUAACUAUAUAAACAGCUGACAUAUUUCACUUUGGUGGUAGGCCCUCUUCAGUUAAGCCCCUGUAUGCACACAGCCGUAUCAGUUUUGCGGUCUGCAGAUCUGCAAAAUAUAGGUGCCGUCCGCGUGCCGUCACAUUUUAUUUGUGGACCCGUUUUUGUUUUCAAUGGAUCCUUGGCCUUUCUCUUUGCGGACAUGUGCAUGCAAAAAGCACACAGAUCAUCUGUGUGUUUUCCUGCAUACAUACGUCCAUUCCAUGUCCUAUACCUGUGCCUGUCCCCAAAAUGUGGAUGCAACAUGGACUGCCAAACAUACGGUCUUGUGCAUGAGGCCUUAUUCUCAAAUUUCCUAUCACAUUAGUACUAUGAAUUAACUAAUGUCCUUUUAUAUGAAGAUAUUUCUUGUACAUUUAAAAUAUCUGCCUUUUGUUAAUUUAGAUUAGACUGGAAAAGUAACAACUCCACUCUUCUGGUGUUGCAAGUCAGUCCCAUCCGAGCGAAUCUCUGACAACGCUUUUAAUGGCCGCACUAUUUCUAAGGUGCAUAGGUCAUUAGCAUGUUAGAAAUACAGUGAAAGUGGCUUUAACUGUCAGAUAUGUUGUAACGCCUGCAGUCCAUGGACCUCCUCACACAUCUUCUGAACCAAACCUAGACCAGGCUCCAGUGGUCCACAUCCAGUUUAGGAUAUAAGAGAAACCCCAUGAAAACCCUGACACGAGAGCAGCUUUAGCUGGUUCCUAAGAAUAAAAAUGAACAGAAAUACUAAAUGUGCUAGUGUGUUAUCGUAGUAUUUUCUAUUAGGUAAUUUUUCUGAACGUCUGGCUAACUGAUCAGUCCCUGCAUUCGUUUAAAAUAUUAAGCUAUAUUACGGCCUAUCAUAAUAAAUUCAGGAGUUUCAUUGUAUUAGAGUAUAAAGCUGGUUUUACAUGUAUUCCAAGCUUUAAUUUUAAAGUUGUCUCCUCUCGCCAUUACUAACCAGCAGCUGGCUGGGAAACAGCAGUGUGCUCCUGUGCUCUGUUUCAGUAGCUCCCAUUGCGGUGCAUGAGAGAUGGAAACAGCGUAGCACACAAGCUAUGGUGGUUUCUGAGUUGGGGAAACAAUAGCUUGCUGUGCUAUCUUUCUGUAGUUCUCAUGCACUUCAUUGGGAGCUACUGAAACAAGUGCCAGAGCGCUCUGCUUUCCGACCAGCUGCUAGGUCUCGUGUCACCUUAGUAAUGGCGAGAUGUGACAACCCCUUUAAGGAAAUAGGUUUCUGAGGGGGGGGGGGGGGGGAGGGAUGAAAUUUGUAUUUCCUUGGCCAUCAGUGUCAGAUAGGUGCAGGUCCCACACCGGUUCUGUCUUGUCCUAGUGUGUCAGGGGUAUAACCGAUUAUUAACAUUUGAUUAUAGGAAUCCAUUUUUGUGAAAUACUUUAAAAGUUUAUCUCAAUGUUCAUUCAGGCAAAGGCCACACGAGUUUGUGGUCUGGCCUUUACUCUCUGAUGGCCACAGUUCCCAAAAGGACAACUGCUUGGCUGACCUGAACUUACUAUAUAUCAUAGUGCCCAGGUCUUCUGUCCCCCUACUCAGAGUAUCUUGUGGGACAGCACAGUAGUGUGGUCAGGCACGGACUCGGCAUCAUAAGCGACUUUGAUGCAGUGAGUUGGAGUCUGUCAAGCCAUGAUUGAUCCAGAAAAAGGCAGCCAUUACACAGAGCGUGUAUUCCAGACCAGAAUUCUCUUAAGAAACCAGCCUCAGAGUAGUUGGAUGAGAACAUCUGACUGAGCAGACAGUUUAUCAUUCCUUUCCGAUAACUGCCUGCUCAUCCGUGGAGGGAAGAGCUGCAAUUGAAUGGCCAGAUAUUCUGCCUGGUAAGCAGUACAGAUUUAUGACCGCUCUUGUUAAAAUGAAUUUAUCCUUGGUAUAGGGAAUGAAGGAGCGGUAAUACGAUCUGUUGUCCCAUACAGUUUUACUUUGUCUGCAGAACAUCCCUUGUAUACGUAAAAGAUACGAUCACCCAACAGACAAGCAUUUGCUCAUUUGUUAGCUGAUCGUGGCAUUCUUACAUGGGGCAAAGAUCAAGAACGAGUGUUCUCCCUGAUCAGUGGUCUUGUGAAAGGCCCCUUAGGCGCUGUUCACCGGCCCCCAUUUCUUCAGGAUCCAAGACUAAAAUAUUGAGAUAUCAGACUAUUUGUUUUCAAAUGUGAACUUGACAUUACAGGAAUGGCACCACAGGAAAGAUGAUGGGAGAGCUCGUAUUAACACUAGUGCAAUCAAAAUGUACAGCAUCAGCUACUUUAAUUUUCCGAAGAGACAGGAACUGCAAUUAGUUGCCACUUCAUUUGUUUUAAUAAAUCACUAUCUGUGUGUGAACAGAUCCAUACUAAAAAUAAAAAAAACUUGAGUGAGAUUGACACAUCAACUAUUUACAGCAGCAAGAGACUACAGAAUAAUGGUUAUUAUCAGAUGCAAUAAUGUGACACUUGCAGUGUUUUUUAAUAUAUGAUUUGUCAGCUUACUGCGUCUGAGUGCGGUGAUCCUGGCUCGGUUUCUUUCUAAGGCCUCCUGCACACAACCUCAUGUUCUUUCCACAUCCAGGCUGCAUUUUUUGCGGCUCGGAUGUAGGUCCAUUCAUUUUAAUGGGGCAACAAGACAUGUGGACAGCACACCGUGUGUUGUCUGCAUCCAUGUGUCCAUUCUGCGGCCCAGCAAAAAAGAUAGAACGUCGUCUUGUCCAUUUUGCAGACUAGGAUAGGAUAUUUCUACAGAAGUAAAAAAAAAAUGGCAGCAUGCACGCGUCCAGAAUCUGCAUUCUUAAAGGGCAAUGGCUUAACUGGAAACAGAUUUUAAAGGGGACCUGUGCCAUGAAAAUGUAGUGCAAUCUGCAGGUGUCAUGUUAUGGAGCAGGACUCGCUGAGCAGAUGGAUAUAUAGUUUUAUGGGAAUAGACUCUGUAAAACGUAUUUAAUUUGAAGUCACUGAUUGAUCCGUGAUUGACAGCCUUCCCUCUAUGAUUAUGUAUGCAGAGAGCUGCCAUUCACUGGUACGACCACCUCCUUGAUUUCAAAGUGGAGGACGAACAGGAAUUUAAAUACAUUGCAGGUUAUACUGUAUCUUAUGUUUCCCUAAAACUAUGUUUCAAUCUGCUCCACUCCUUCUCUUUAACAUACUGCUGGCAGAUACCACUUAAGUAUUGUGGUGACAGGUUCCCUUUAAGUAUCUCUGGUGCAUGGAAGUGGGGUAUAUCCAUAUUUCCUGCCCAUGGACAAGAUGUAUUUUGAUGAAAUGGAUCUCAUUUAUCAAAGCUAUCUAAUACUUUAACUGGCCUAGUUGCCAAUAGCAACCAUUAGUUUUUAUUCUCCACAAAUUCCUUUAGAAAAUGAGAAGAAUAAAUAAUGAGUUUUAAUUAAAAAAAUUAUAUAAUUUAUAUUUAUAAUCUAAUCUCAAUAUCAGUCCCACUGUCUCGCCAGAACCUACACAACCAAUUUAAUUAGAAAUGUUCCAUCUGAAUCCUACAUAAAACUAAGUGACCUUUGUAAUCUAAUUACCACGUAAAGUGCCGAACAUGUUUGGUUGCCUUGCUUUUUAACAAAAAUUACUUUACAAAUUUGAAGUACCGCUUCCCCCAAAACCCUGUUUUGUUUGUUCCUGUACUCUUUUCCUGAAGAUUAAAGGAAAUAUUGUGCAACCUAUGACUGUUUUUGUCAUGUGUACCAAGAUCUGAUUUGUGUAUGAUAAAAUGUACAAUAAAGUAACACUAUAGGCAAUGUAGCAAGUGUAAAUAGUUAAGAAUCUAUCAUAAAGCAGUGACUAUACUAUGAUGAUAUAUAUGCCAGAACUGUAGAAUAACCUUUCAAAAUGUAACACUAAAUGUAUUUUGUACAGCAUCUGGUUUCAAAGGUGCCUUAUAUUAAGUUUACCAUAAAUUGCUUUGUUCUGUAUACAAUGUUCAAUGUAUCAUUUCUAAGUAAAUAAGCUUAUUUUAGUAAA